AUGGCUGCUUCUCACGAUGAUCGUGCACCGAACACGAUUCGACAGGUUCGCUCGUGCGAAUUCCAAGACGGCGUAACUUUUACACUCGGUGUAAAAUCGUACAUAUUGCACUUUUUACAUAUUCACAUUAAACAAAAUCCACUACCAUCGCGACGGAAUAAAUCCGGCUCGAAGGACCAAAUGCUGUUUGGUCCUGCGUAUAAUGUUUACCGUUGCGAUCGUUCUCGCUGUAACAGUGAAAAGAAUAGCUUUGGAGGAGUCUUGAUCGCAGUCGCUGCAAAACAUGUUAGUUCAUCCAUCACGACAAGGAAUGGCUCGUCAAUUGAGCAAGUAUGCGUUGCAGCUACAAUCCGAGGAAAGAAGUUUUCGCUAUGUGCUGUUUAUUUACUACCUGAUAAGAGUCCUGAUGUGGCAGUUUUUGAACAGCACGUAUUAACGGUUCGUGAAAUUUGCGACAAAGCAUUGCCCAACGGUACUGUGUUAGUAUGCGGCGAAUAUAAUCAACCACGAUUUAACUGGUCCUCAAACGAUAGUCAGAUCUUUUGCUGUAACUCCAGUAGUUUUACACCGGCAAGUUCCACGCUAAUUGAUGGAAUGGACUUUCUGAACAUGUGUCAAUACAACUUGGUGCAAAACUUUCUUGGCAGAACGCUUGAUUUGGUCUUCGCUAACUCAGCAAGCGUGUUAGUUGAUGUUAAUGAAUCAUCUGCACCGCUACUUCGUGUUGAUCCUCACCACCCGUCUCUGGUUGUGUCCGUUUCUUUUCCUGCUGAUUUUGCCUCUAGAAACAGAUAUACUCCCUCGGAUCCUGUUCUCAAUUUUCGGAAAAUCGACUUCGAGGCACUACUGGAAUACUUGUUCAACUCGGAUUGGACCACAAUACUGUUUUCGAAUGACGUGGAUGAUAUGGCUGAAAGCUUUUGCAGGCAUAUUUCGGAUUGGCUGUUACUUAACGUGCCUGUUCGUAGGCCCCCUCUGUCACCUGCUUGGAGUACAGUUGAGCUACGAAAGCUGAAACGAAUGCGUAAUACCAAUCAACGACGACUCCGACGAUACCGCUCAUCUGAAUCGAAAAAUGCUUUUCGUUCUUCUUGCGAUGCUUAUCGGAAAUUGAACAGGAGCUUGUACAAGUCGUAUGUGUUGAAAGUUCAUACAAAUUUAAAGUGUAAUCCCAAGUCCUUCUGGAAUUUUGUUAACUCAAAAAGGAAAUAUUCUGCCAUUCCACCGACAACAUUUCUUGACGACGAAAAAUCGAAUUCUGAUGCUGAUACAUGUGAACAGUUUGCUAAAUUCUUCGCUUCUGUGUUUGCACCGAACAUCGCUUCUGAUCACGAGGUUGAACAAGCUGUAGUUGAUGUUCCUGCUGAUAUUAUUAAUUUAGACACGUUCGAGAUCACGCAAUCGACGAUUACUGAUGCGACCAAUAAGCUCAAAAAUUCUUUUUCUCCUGGACCUGAUGGAAUUCCAGCUGUUGUGUUUCGUCGAUGUAUUGCCGCAUUAGUUUCCCCACUCUGCUAA